CACUGGUUUCUGAGUGUCACAGACUUUCAGUUUCAUUUAUCUCUUCUGCUGCAGCGAUGGCGUCUGCUGAUCUGAGACAGGAGCUGGACUGUUCCAUCUGCCUGAGCAUUUAUACAGAUCCUGUAACCCUGACAUGUGGCCACAACUUCUGCCGGGUCUGUAUUGAUCGUGUGCUGGAUACACAGGAGGGGUCUGGAGCUUAUACCUGUCCUGAAUGCAGAACAGAGUGUCAGGAGCGUCCUGCACUGCAGAGGAACAUAACGCUGUGUAACAUAGUGGGGAGUUUCCUGUCUACUCGGCCAGAUCAGGAGGAGACUGGAAUCUUCUGCACUUACUGUAUUCACUCUCCUGUACCUGCUGCUAAAUCCUGUCUGCUGUGUGAGGCUCAUCUGUGUGAUAAUCACCUGAGAGUACACAGCAAGUCACCAGAGCACGUCUUAUGUGAUCCCACCACUGCCCUGGGGAACAGGAAAUGCUCUGUCCAUAAGAAGAUCCUGGAGUAUUACUGCCCUGAGGAUGGUGUAUGUAUCUGUGUGUACUGUUCAGCUGGAGAACAUCGGGGACACCAGGUGGAGAUUCUUGAUGAGGCCUCUGAGAAGAAGAAAGAGAAGCUGAAAAAUGUUCUGCAGAAACUGACCAUAAAGAAAGUGGAUGCUGAGAAGAGAGUGCAGAGUCUGCAGGAGCGCAGGAGAGAAGAUCCAGUAAAAGCAGCUGGUAUAACAGAGAGAGUCACUGCUCUGUUUAGAGACAUCAGGAGACAGCUGGAAGACCUGGAGAGGAGAGUCCUGAGUGAGAUCUCCAGACAGGAACAGCGCGUUUCACUCUCAGUCUCUGAUCUGAUCCAGCAGCUGGAAAUAAAGAAGGAGGAGCUGUCCGGGAAGAUGCGUCACAUUGAGGAGCUGUGUAACAUGUCUGAUCCAGUGACUGUCUUACAGGAACCAGACACAGGUGACGUGUGUGAUACUGCGGUCACAGAGAGACAUGAUACCCAGGUCCGUGGUGCAAGAGAUCUGGAUGUGGGUCUCAUCUCAGGGAAAUUACAUAUAUUAUCUAAAAUAAUAACAGGGAUAAAUAGAGGGAUCUAUGUGUCGGAACCUACAGAUCUAUUCCUAGAUGUAGCCACAGCUGGUGAUACUAUACAGAUAUCAGGUGACAGGAAGACUGCAUCCAGGUCACCAAACCAGAAACGCCCAGUAACACCAGAGAGAUUUCAGUGCAAUCAGGUAAUUAGCACCAGGAGAUUCUCCUCAGGGCGACAUUACUGGGAGGUGGAUGUCAGUAAGUCAGUGAGAUGGAGGGUUGGGAUGUGUUACCCCAGUAUAGGCAGGAGAGGAGAUCAGUCAUACAUUGGAGGUAAUAAGAAGUCCUGGUGUCUGUGUAGGUGUAAGUUGGGCUGGUAUAGUCAGUACUCGGUGCUACAUGACAGAAAAGAGAUCUGGUUACCUGACUAUAUCCCCUGUGAUAGAGUGAGGAUAUACCUGGAUUAUGAGGCAGGACAGCUGUCAUUUUAUGCUCUGUGUGACCCCAUCAUACACUUACACACCUACACUGCCGCCUUCACUCAGCCCCUCCAUGCUGCAUUAUGUGUAGGGGAUGGGUGUAUAACUAUAUCAGGGGGAGUCAGGAGCUGGGAGAGAUGAUAAGAAAUCUGCCCAGAGACUGGUGACAUCACAGGGGGAGGGGAUCUGACUGAUGAAACAUUUAGCCAAUAGUAUGAUGGUGAUUUAUGUCUCUCUCACUAAUGCUGGGUACACACUGGCCGAUAGAACGGCCGAUAUAUCGCUGGCCCGUCAGCCUAUGUGUACCAAUGUACACAUUGGCUGACGCCGUAGUUCACUGACAUAUGGUGUUGGCCCUGCAGCACACACGAUGACCAAUAAAUCUACAGAUAUAUUGGUGUCUCGUUGUGUGUGUACGGGCGGUACGGAGGAUAAUCUUCUAGCAGCCGCUAAUAGCAGAGGGACCUCCCACCCCCUCGUCAUUCCUGCACCCUCCCCAAAUGUCGAUCACUUCGAAUCAGUUAGCAUGGAAGAACCACCCUCCCGGCAACUGCAGAGAGGAGUAGCAACCUUGGAAAUGUAACUAAACACCCCUCAGCCCCCCCAGUGUGUACCUAAAAUAAAAUAAAAAAGCUUACAAUUUCUGAGCAUUUUCAGGGAAAAAUGUGCCAGUUAAAAGAUUAAAAAGACCCAGAUAUAGGCCAAGUGGGUGACUGUGGACCCCACUAUUUCUGAAGAACACUGCUUUCAGCGUACCAGUUAUUCUGUGUAUUACGUAUUAUAUUCCUCAGUCCAUACAAUUACAUCAUCAUAUAUUGCACAGAUACAUUGUUUACUCACUGUACAUUGCUCAUGUUACCAUAUUUCAUUACUGCUUAGAUGUGUCGCUGUUAUAUUCCUAAGGCAAGCUUUCCCCCCCCCGCCCCCCAAUUAUCCUACACCCACCCUGAUGUGUCACUUACCAGCCACACAAUACCCCGGCUACCACAUAUCAUCAUGGCGGCCAUGUGACAACUCCCAGCAUCCUGGUGGGAAAUCCCCUCUGACCCCAACAAUAGAGUGCGACACAUCAUGAGGUGUAACCUAUCACAGUCAGCGUAUGUUCCCUCCUUACCCUGUGUUGUGUUAUUCUGGUUGUGUGACGGGUAUUGUGCUGCUGUGUGUUACUGCUGUACUGUGUACUACAUACAACGAAGCAUCAAUAAAUGUCUCAUUCUCUCUUUAUA